AUGGUCGAAAUUCUUUCUGCGAGCGAUGAUAGCAGUCCUGUCGUCUUUAUACCACCACGAAAUAUCUUAACUGGAAAGCUACAAGACAAGAUUGCUCGGCGCAAACGCGACGGUCAUCAAUCUGUGAUACUUGCAGACAUGAUGGCGACUAUUCGAGAGAAUAAUAGAUCCGAGCAUACAGACCGAAAGCCGACUUACAAGAAGGCGGUCCCCUAUAACCGCGAGAUAACCGAUGCACUCUGCACAGACGCAGAUAGAGCAUCGGUUCAGGGCUUCAUCACCAGAGAAAUUACCAGAUGGCGGGAAGAGCUCGGCCCGUUCAUCAACAGGCUAUGCCAACUACCCCCUUCCAGCCAUAAGUUAUCAGAUGAACAUGUUUACGCGGUAACCAAGACACUCUCAGCUAAGGGACGCCGGGCACGGAUGUGGACCGAGGAUUUCAACGCGCUGCUCCAGAUGAACCCGGCGUUGAAGGACCUGAUCAAGGAGCUCCAAGUUACGUGUGCGGCCAUCCCGGCGGUAGACCAGCGGGCGUAA